UUGAUUUUUUCCUGAAAGCCACGAAUUUAGAUUUUAUGAUUAUUGUUGAAUUGAUUUUUUUUAUUGGGAAUUCUAUUUUCCGUGUAAUUUUAAGGUAAACUAGCUGUCCUGGCACACUUUGUCUUGUCUACUGCAAUUUUUUGACGUUUCAUGUCCUUAGUCAAGUCCAAGUCCCCGUUCAAAAAAAAAACAUUUUUAAAAACUCUCAACUUGUGCAUGUUUUUGCCUCAUAAACCUUCCUUGGCUGAAAACUAACACCGCUAGCCAUCAUGGUUUCCCAUAGCGAAAAUCAUCAUGACUACAGGUCGCAAGCCCUGGCAAAGUGUGGAACGUUUUGAUGGCUGUGAUCCCUGACCAUCAUGUAAUCAAAAUCCCAGGGAUACUCAAGUGACCAUACUGUUGGGUUGUGGGGGUUGCGUGUGUGGGGUGCAUAUAUUGACAAGCAUUGCUAUGGAUCGUUAGGGCUGAGUAGGAGCGGGGAAUGGAUCUACGAUUGCUGAAUAGGAAGCAAUCAGUGAAGUACUAGAUUGAAAGUAGUGAGCUGGAUUUUUGUAUGGUGAGAUGAUCAAUUCUCCGUUUCUGCAAAGAAAUGCUGCAAACAGCGUGGGUUAUAUGAUUUCUUGCCUAAUUUGAUGCUGUUUGAGCAAAACUUUGGGUAACUGUGUUGUUGUAUUAUUUAUUUCUUGCAACUUCAACAACACAGUUACCCAAAGUUUUGCUCAAACAGCAUCAAAUUAGGCAAGAAAUCAUAUAACCCACGCUGUUUGCAGCAUUUCUUUGCAGAAACGGAGAAUUGAUCAUCUCACCAUACAAAAAUCCAGCUCACUACUUUCAAUCUAGUACUUCACUGAUUGCUUCCUAUUGCGAUAAUACCUACUGGCAUAGUCGUGGUUUAACAGUGGUGGCGCCGCUUUUCGCUUGUGUUCGGCCUAGCAGGUUUGUUUAGGCGGUGCGGAUAGGUCUGUAUGUACUUCGUACGUGCAGUGCGUACGGCUUCAGCAUUGUGGUUACUUGGGUAGUGUAGGAUAAUUGGGUUUGGGACUGAGGAGGUCGUCAUUGAUUCUGCCGACACCAUUGAGUGCUCAUUGUUGGCGGUUGUGUUGGUGACGAUUUCUUCAGCUUUAUAAUCUCAUUUAUACCACGCACAAACUUUGGGAAGAGGGACUGCUUUGUAAUGCAAGAGAGGUAUUUAAACUCUGCGUUACGGGUUGGGUGAGGUCAUGCAGAUAGAAGCAACCCAGGUGACCGUGCGGCUCGUGUCGUGAUGGAUGCAUGAGUGCAGUGUGCGUGGGGUGCGCUACCCUGUGGGUGCAGUUGAGUCCGGGUUGGUGUGGAAAGAGACCCUUCUCUACCCUAGAUCGGUUUCGGUUGUACGGGCGGGGUAGUGUUUGUCUUAUUUGUGACGUGUUGUGCGUGAUUUGCGGCCCGAGUUGCGUGGUUACUUGGGAAGUAUUGUGCUCUGCAAUCUAGAUUUUGGUUUUAAGGUGAAGCUAUGGCUGGGCUGUGCCUCGGAUUUGUUGGGCGUAGGUCGGGAGAGCUGGUGGCGGUUUGUGCUGGAGGGUUUGCUCGAUUGGUUAUUCACUGUUGGUGGCCAGUCAAUCGACUGUUCGCGCAGCCUGUCAUUUGGUUCUUGGGGUUUGUGCUCUCGAGGUUCGGGGCGUUGCUUCGUUAUAUCUUCACUUUAAUACUAAUAUUCCUUGUUUGAUUAACUGACUAUUAUGUCCAGGCGCUUAACUCAUUCUAUUUCAUAGAUUGCCAGAUUUAAGGGUAAUGGUUCAAUAGGGUGUUAGCAAUCAGAGUGGAUUAGAACGAGUUGGCGCCUACAAUACACCAACACUAACACACAUACACCAAUACUUACACGCACACAUGCACCUACAACUAGCUGUAAAAGACCAGUGGGCGGGACAAUGGUGCCUACCCAACAGUUGUAGGUGGGGUGUUUGGCUUAGCUACAUGACUUGGUCCGGCAAGCCCAUAAACAUCAAUUGGUAGACGUAUUGCCUAGUGAAAAGACAACGCAGAUGGGCGAAAGCCAGGGGAUGCGUUGAUAAUAGCAGAAUAGCAGAAUAGCAGAAUAAACCUUCCUUGGCUCAAAACUAACAAAACAAAACUUAGAUGACAGAAAUCGGACCUUCCGUUCGCAAGCUAUGCGCGGUCCCACGUAUGCCACUGCAUUUAUACAUAUAUACUACUAGUUGUCCCGGAAAACGUCGUACUGCCUGCCUACUGUGUUUUUGUCACACAGCUCCCUAGAGAAGUCACCCACAACUUAAUCUGUAUGGGAGCCCCCUUUUCCAGAGAUCGAAGGAGUCUCACACUAUGCUAAGAACCUUUCGCGGUCCCAAAAGUACUCACAUACAAAGUUUCACACCGAUCGGUUCAGUAGUUUCCGAAUCCAUAUGUGUGAAGAAUUAGCCUAAGUUAAAAUCUUAAAACUGGUUAAAAUUCACGAAUAAAAAGAAAUUAAAGAAAAAAAUGCAAAUCCACAAGGGUCAGACAGACAGACAGACAGAAAGAAAUUAUUUUUUAUAUGUAUAUAGAUAAUUUAAGAGUGUAUUCGAUUCCCUUAAACUGUUUUACUAUGAUAGAAUGAUUUGGGAAAAAUUAAAAUGUGUUAAUUCAAGACCAACAAUUGACAAGGCCACAUCAACAUUGCGUAAACCAACACGUUUCUGUCGACUUAGGGGCUUCUGGGAUCCACCCACGCAUCUCACCACCAUUAACAGUGUAACCGUUGGUUUCAAAGUAAGGCAUUGGCUUUGCCAAGUGCAUAUGGCGAGCGUACCUCCUUUCAAAUACACCGUGCCCAUUGAGAACAACUGCCGCCACCUAGGUGUGAAUUAUUAUGAAUUCAUUUUCUAAACAUUUAUUAGGUCAACUAAAUUUACACUAAUACACGGAAACUCCAAUGUUCGAAAAAUACAUAAUUCUCGGGAUGAGUUAAAGAGGGCAGGUCCAUCCAUACACGGAGCCUAGGAGUUAUUCCGAUUUGACGGAUUCCAUCUUUCUGGCUCAAGACUUCGAGGGAAUUAGAAGUGCGCGGCGCGUUAAAAUCCGACAUUGUUAGCAAGUUUGUUAGUAGCUUAUUCUAAAUUGUUAGUUGGAAGAUUUUAAAACUAAGUGUUAGUAAAAAGGCGAUUAAAGGGUGCUGUGCGGAGAAUUAAAACCGAGCGCGUUCAAGGGGAGUACGCAAUUCGGAGUUGGAAAAAGGCCAAGGUCGGCCUUUUUCCGUUUAUUAAGGCAAAUUCGGGGAUUGUAUCUCUGGAUCAUCUGUUGGCAAGGACAAGUGCACCGGAAACCGCUUGCUAGUGGUGAUUUUCAUCCCGAUCCCUGAGCCAGAAAUCAGCCCUACGAGUACUCCAGUGGAGACUAGCGUAGAAGAGGGAUUCCCGAAGCUAGCACAUUGUCCCAUUGUGAAAGACCGGCAGAAGUUCCAUUGUACCCUGGAAGUGGCCAUUUUGGAUACGAAGUACACCUCCAUUUUGGUCCGCCAUUGCUCUGCGACGACGCCAUUGGAAGCCCGCCAAACCUGCCAAACCGAAGGCCAAUCAUCACCGUCGGUUCGUUUCCGACCUCCCUGGCAUACCACCGAGUGUCACCGAAGGCCAAACACCGCCGUCGGUUCGUUUCCGACCUCCUGGACCUCCAGCCGAAGGUCAGCAAGGGGCCAUCACUACCGUCGGUCCGUUUCCGGCCUCCCCAGCAUCCGCUCCCGAGAGUCACCGAAGGGCCUGCAGUAGGUUUGUGUCCGACCACCCACAGCAUCCGAGAAAAACCGUAAGUCGCGCUGGUUAUUUGUAUAUUGUAGCAUGCAUGCGAAAAACUCUUUUAAGAAUAUUUGUAGAACCUUUAGUUAGGGCAACUAAUGGUGAUCACGAAGUAGGAAACCAUAGGAUCCCAAAAGGGGAUAAUAAAGCCUAAUGCCUAAUAGUGCUAUUAAUAAAUGUAGCUUUCUCUAUUAAAAUAGAAUUCAAGUUUUACUAGGUUUCACACAUUCCGGUUGAUUUCGUUAUAAUUCGAUGCAGAUUUCUCUAAACUUGAAAUUUCUCACCCCUCGUUUCCUGAAAUCUUUCCAUAGAUAGAAGAAGUUAGGUCGGUGUAAUCACUAGGCUUCAACCCUGAUUGAUGAACUCCUCUCCAUUCAUUCAGUUCAUUUAGAGUUUUAUGUUGCUUUCUAUGCUGCGGAGAAUUAGCUGUUCGGUUGUAAACAAAUCAGCAUAAAACGACCCUGGGAGUUUUUCUAUUCUCGUUUGGAGCAAGGGAAGAGUUACGAGGAGUUACAAAUUGGCGCCCAACAUAAAAGUUACAGCCACUUGUCAUCUGAAUACUACCUCACAGUAAAAAAGCGAGCCAACAUCUCUGACCCCCAUUGUGCGUUGAACCCCAUUUUGACAGGUAAAAGUUUGUAAACAGUAAACUUUUCAGGACCACACUUGAAAAGCGCGAAAUAUUUUCCGCAACAAAAAACAAAAUUUUCAAAAAUACUAGGAGAAAUAUGAAAAAAAUGUAAUUUUGUUAGCUGAAAUAUGUUACUAUAACUAAAAACGUGUUCGAAUUAGGUCAUAAUUGGGGCUGCAAAGAAAAUUUUUUGUUGAAGAAAAAAUAUCACUCGUAAAUUACGCCUAAAUCAAAUGUUUGACCUGAAACAGAUGCUGACUUCAGAAACAUGGCCGAAUAGCAGCUGGUUGAAAAGUUAGCAUUACAUAAUUUUGUUUAUUUACAAUACGGUUGCAAAAUCCCUCCGCACCCGUACGAGGGAGGAGAAAACAGAAUACUUCUGUUUUGAUUUUUGUUUGCGUUCUUUGAACGACAAAAGUUGCGCUUGUGAUUCAAUAGGUUAUCAAAUUUACUUUCAGAGACCCCCGGUUGGUCAAUCAAAUAGGUUAUCAAAUUCGCGUCGAUCGGCCCCUGGUCGAGUAAACAAAUUUCGGAUUAGUUUUGGUGGCAUGUUUAUGUUUUAGGAACGAUUAAUUUGCAUGUUAUUGGAAACCAGGCAGUGGAGUUUUCGCGGUUUUUGGAACAUUUCGGAGGUAACAAGUGAGCCCUAGAACUACAGAGGCCGUUUUUAAAACCGUCCUGGAGUCCGGUUAAGUCAAAUCGUGACUGAGAAGGGUGAGUACUGCUGGAUAGAAGAGUGAGUCUGGACAGGGCACAGACGUUGAUCUGGCCGUGGUUCAAACACUUGUUACCACCGAAAAGUUGUAAACUCCCGAAGCACUCUCAAGCAUGGAAUCAGAAAUAGGAGUGAAAUAUAGUACUCUUCUGGUCCAUCACCUGGAAAAGGAAGAGGUCGAGUUCGAAUUAGAGGUUCGGGCAGUACCAUUUGAGAAGAAUGAAAGCCUAGCUGUUCUUCGAAGACGUUUAAGAGAAAAGCUGAAAAAGGAGAAAGGAGAUCACAAGGACGUUGAUUUUGAAAACUGUGAGGGUAGAACAGUAGAUGGAGAGAUCGAUCUGAUAGACAAGAACGUGAAGGAAAUUAGCGAUUUUCUGGAGAGAAAGAAAACUUUUGAAGGAGUCAGGGAGGCACUGAGAACACGCCUGGUGCAUUACUUCGCCCGGUGUUCGGCUAUACAAGCGAUCGUGGAGAAAGAUGAGGAUUUUGAGGACAUUGAUAAACUUUUAGGUACGAUCCGACAAUUAUAUAGCAACUAUUUCACGAUCUUCACGCCAAUAGACUCGAUUCGAAAGGAGGUGAUGUUGCAAAUCUCGAACUCCUUGACACAGUUACAAUUAGGUCAGGCAGGAUCAUCGAAGGUUCCAAGCGUGUCCAGAGAGACCCAGACGGACGAUACAGAAGUAGGAGAUCAUGAGUUAGAUAAACAGAGGAGUAGAAGUUCGGCAGGUAGUCUGGCAAGACGCCAGCUUCGAUCGACUUUACAAGACCAGCACUCAUCUGGCGGUCACAGCAAUAGCAUUCCUUUGUCAGGUUUACUAUCGAAACAGCGAGGUUCGUAUCAACCAGAGCGAGUGUUACGACGAAUUAGGCUUUCCGGUACUCACGUUGAUUCAGAACCAGUUUCUGAUUCUUCGCUCUCCGCUUCCCCACCCAGACGAUCGAAGUCCAGACCGCAAAGGUCAAAUGCAAGGCGUAGUAGACCCGUUUCUGAGUGGAAGUUGCGAUAUGAUGGUAGAGAUGGUGGCCGGGAAUUGAUGAAGUUUAUACGAGAAGUAGAGUUUUUUGCGAAGUCGGAAAAUGUUUCGGAUGAAGAACUAUUCCGAUCAGAGAGACCAGACGGACGAUACAGAAGUAGGAGAUCAUGAGUUAGAUAAACAGAGGAGUAGAAGUUCGGCAGGUAGUCUGGCAAGACGCCAGCUUCGAUCGACUUUACAAGACCAGCACUCAUCUGGCGGUCACAGCAAUAGCAUUCCUUUGUCAGGUUUACUAUCGAAACAGCGAGGUUCGUAUCAACCAGAGCGAGUGUUACGACGAAUUAGGCUUUCCGGUACUCACGUUGAUUCAGAACCAGUUUCUGAUUCUUCGCUCUCCGCUUCCCCACCCAGACGAUCGAAGUCCAGACCGCAAAGGUCAAAUGCAAGGCGUAGUAGACCCGUUUCUGAGUGGAAGUUGCGAUAUGAUGGUAGAGAUGGUGGCCGGGAAUUGAUGAAGUUUAUACGAGAAGUAGAGUUUUUUGCGAAGUCGGAAAAUGUUUCGGAUGAAGAACUAUUCCGAUCAGCGAUUCACCUCUUUUCAGGUCUGGCUAAACUUUGGUUUAUGUCAGGGGUCGAAAAUGAGGAAUUUAGAACAUGGAAAGAACUGGUAGCGGAAAUGAAGAAGGAAUUUUUGAGCCCUGAUCACGACCACGUAAGCGAGGUCAGAGCGAUUGACAGGAAACAAAAAUCGAAGGAAAAAUUCCAAGAUUUUUUCUUCGAUAUUCAGAAGAUCUUCAAUUCUCUGACGAAACCCAUCUCCGAGAAAAAGAAGUUCGAGAUAGUAUUUCGGAAUCGGAACCUUAGGGCAGAUUAUAAAGGCCAUGUGGUAGCCGCUCAGGUUGACAACCUCGCAGAUCUCAAAACUUUCUGUCGGAAACUUGACGCCACUUUUUGGUUCAAGUAUGAAACCCGAAAUCAAGAUGACCAGGUAGCGAAAACCCGUGCUCAGGUGAGUGAAUUAAAAAGUCACCCUAAAUCCAAAAUGUAUGGGGACGGAACUCGCCCUGAGAAAGGGCGAGCUCCACCUAAAGAUUCCCGUAAAACGGAUGAAGAAAAUACUUCAAAGAAGGCUUCACAAGAAGAAAAACCUUCUGAGAAAGGGGCCGUCCCAAAAGGUACUCCUGAUGGUUUACAGGUGUUACUGGAAAAGUAUAAGCCUCCUCCACCUGGCACUUGUUUUAACUGUCGUUUACCAGGUCAUCAUCAAGCCGACUGUGACCGUCCCAAGCACAAAUUCUGCUAUAAGUGUGGAUUCUUCAAUGCGGAUACUAAGUCUUGUCCUUGGUGUGCAAAAAACGCCUAGGCACCCGUCUGGCGGGGCAGAUGGUUGCGGACGAAGUUUCGAAACCCCCGAAUGAUUUAAAUUUAAAUCUGCUACAGGAAGGCCUUAGAGCAGUAGACAGCGACGAAUACAUGCACGUUUCCUCGCUGGAGAUUAAUGAACAUUUUUUGAAGAUGGUCAACGAUGAUAGACCAUUUGUAAAGGUAGACCCAAGCAACAAAAAGUUCGGAUAAAAUAGCAUGAUUGGGCUUAAUCAGCUAUCCGAAGGAAGAUGAAAAGCAUUCUAUUCAGCUCACUUUUUAAGUAAUUAACCGAACUUGAGUUCACAGAAAGUACACUUGUGUCACUGAAAGGAACGCUAUUCAGCUUAAAAAUAAGCUUCGAAAAAAUGAAAAAAAUGUGUUUAGUCCUCAAAAGUAAUUUAUUAUUAAGGAACAUUAGUUCAUGUGGAAUCCAAAUUGACUAAUAUCUUGAAAUAAUUUUUGAUGUUUUUACUUACUGAGAUUUGAACUCGGGUUCUCCUCGUUGAAAGCCGGUGCCUAACCACUACUCCAUGUAUGUGUUGUUAGGCACUGUGAGAUUUUACUCAAUGUGCUGAUAUCAUAUAGUAGAGCUCAAUCAGGUUCGCGUGUAAACUUUCCCUGAACUUGGAAUACUUUUUGAAGUCAAAAGUUCGAAAGAAGUUCACGCGGAACUUCUUGUGAACUUACGCAGUUUGACAUUUUCAAUUUGUUGUGGUUCGUAGUGCAAAGCAAUAAAUUAGGGCCAGUGUGUCGACUUUAAGAAAAGAUUAUAAGUUUUCAGCUUGGUUUCCAGUGACUACGAUUGCGUCGAUUACCGGCGUGCUGCAGCGACAAGUGAGACGGGUGUGAAAACAUCCAGCAAAGCUGGAAAAUUUUUGUGCGCAGCCGAAAAACCCCCGGCGGAAUCCUGGGGGGAACAGUUGUCCGCUGCGUGGGCAGCCUUUGAGCCACACAAUACGGAUCCUUUGCGUUGAUUACAAGUAAGUACGUUGAAAUAUAAUAGUGGAACAAAGUGUACUUGUGAAAUUAACACAAGCUGUGGCUGCUGGGCUCGAUUUACGAGUGAUUUAAUUGAAUGAGAACUUCUCCCCGGUCCCGCUGUCGCCGAAGUUCAAGUGAAGUUCACUUUUGGUACGAUUAAUAGUUAUCCGAACUUUGAGUAGUAACACACCAAGUACCAAACAAGUUCGAAACGGAACUUUUCAAGUUGUUGGAAUAUGUCCAACUUAACUUUAUUUGAGUUUUAAAGGCACGCAUAAGUUCAACAUGAGUUCGGUUAAUAUUUGAUUGAACUCUGUUUUAAAGUUCAACAUAAGUUCUUUUGGAACAUUUUUUCGACUUUAUUGUCGUUUUGAAGAGAAGUCAGAAGCUUGUACAUGUACUUCCAAGUUCAUAAACAAUACAAGAGUAACUUUUUGGAGAAUUAAGUUCAACGAAACCGGAAUUGAACCAAACUUGAACUUCUGAGUUCGUUCUUCAAGUGGAAUCCGAACUUUUGGUUGCUUGGGGAUAUUCUAGGUAUUCCGCGAGUAGGUUUGUUAGAUAGUGGAGCGAGUCGAAGCGUUUUAGGUUCGGGGGCUAAUGAC